AAGCUGAUAACUGUGAGAACUUAGUCGCCUUAUAAGUUGCAUCGUUUCCAUCUAUUCACUCAGACAACACUCACGAUGCGUCGCUGGAACCUGGAUAUUUUUUUCUGCCUAGCUGUUGUGCUUAUGUUCAUUAGUCAAGCGUUUGGCUACCAAACUUUACAAUAUCGCGGCCAUGCCAAGCAUCCGAGUUUACCGAAUCACUGUUAUUAUGAGGAACUGGAGUUGGAUGUACCGAUGAAUGAGACCGUCUAUCCGGUAAAUCAACACGGUUACUGUGUCCAUGUGUCUUGUGAAGAGGAUUAUUUGCUCUUGAUCAAGCACUGUGAACACCAGAAUUUGCAAAGCGGUUGUUUCUUUGCCCCCUAUGACUAUACGAAACCCUAUCCAGAUUGCUGUGAAAAACACAUUUGCCCAACGUAAUGCACUUUGCUAAAUAUUUACAAUAUCUUGUUAAUAAUCAAUGCAUACAAUAGUGACAAGUGACAAGCCUACAUUUAUAAAUAAAGUGCGACUGCUAAA